AUGGAAAUAUUAAAAAUUGCAAAUACAUUUUCGGGGAUCUUGUCGUUUGCGAAUGUUCGUGCAAAAGCAGAAGAUUUCCUUGUCGAUCGAUUAAGUUACAAGUUUACAGUGGGAAUUUUAUGUUUAUUUGCGAUUCUUUGCGGUGUGAAAACGUCGUAUGCGGUGCCGAUAAUAUGUUGGAUACCAGCACAGUUAAAAAAGUAUGAAAAAGCGAUAACAGCAUAUUGUUAUGCAAAUAAUACGUAUUAUAUCCCCGAUAAUCGACGAAUACCUACAACGAUCAAUGAAAGAUAUGAAUCGUUGAUAAUUUAUUAUCAAUGGUUGCCAUGGAUUCUUGGAGCUCAAGCUGUUCUUUUCUAUUUACCGAAGUUGGUUUGGUCGUUUGCAGUGUCAGGUAGUCGACAAAAUGUAAAAGAUUUGUUGAAUAAUGCCAGUCAAGUUUAUGCUCUUCCACCGUUUGAUAAGAAGAAAUCGGUGAAAGAGUAUCGUGAAGACAAACUCUCUCAUUUGAAAUCGGAAUUAUUCGAAAAAGAGAAUCGAAGGAAUCGACUCGCUCAAACUCCUCGCUGGUGUCAAAGAAUUUCUUCAUGUUAUCUAAUCAUCAGUUACAUCGGAGUGAAAUGUUUAUAUGUUUUCAUCUGUUUACUUCAAAUUGGUUUGAUUCACUUAAUCAUCGGAAAACGUCCAUUGGGAAUAUCGAGAUUCAAUCAUCUGAAGAAAGAAUCAUUGCAGACGCAUUUUCUCGCUCAAUUUGCACAGAAAAUGACGUCGGGAGUGACGGAAUUAAUUGAUACAAGUUCAUUUCCAAAACGCACACUCUGUGAUUUUACAUUUCGAGAAUUAGCAUCGAAUCAUGCUUACACCGUCGAAUGUAUUCUACCAUUAAACAUUAUCGUGGAGAAGAUGUAUGUUUUUCUUUACAUUUGGUUUAUUCUAUUAGGUGUGAUAACAUUCUUCGAUCUUAUCAAAUGGAUCAUCCAUUUAAUCCAUUGUUUUGUUAGCAGUGAUAAGAGCAGAGAACAUUAUGUUCGAACGCAUUUAAUCGAUCGAAAUAGAUGUUCACCGGAGCAGAUUCAAGCGUUUGCCAAGGGACAUUUAAAUGCCGAUAAUUACUUUCUAUUGAAACUUUUGUCGAAAAAUAUUUCGACUUUUGUGGUUGUUGACAUUAUAGAUUAUUAUUUUAAACCCGCGACUCAUAAGAAAAAAGAUGAAUAA